UUGGGGACGUGGGGACAUGGCCGAUCUGAGGUCAAUGAGAAAGCAUGAGAUAUUCCUCAGCUUGAAGAGAGAUCUCGCCCUGAAUGUCCAAGCUGCGCACAGGGUCGAGGAAAUAGUAAACAAUACCCACCAACAGAUGAAAGAUGAGAAGGCCAGGCGUAUAGCUGCUGUGGACACCUUCAAGGUGGCAGAGAAAAGGAUCCAAGAUCUAAAUACCCAACUCAUUGAGGCUAAUAGAGCUAGGAAGAGUGCUGAAGCUGUUUUGCAAAGGGCAGAGAACCAAGCAGAGACUCAACGCAAACAACUCCGUCAGGCCGAGGUUGCCUCUAAGGAAAAUAUAAAGGCCCUAAAAAAGAAGUUGGAGGAGGCUGAGAAGGUCAAGGACCAAGCUGAGCAGGACGGGUAUGAUGUGGGAGUGGCAAAGACUGAGAAGGCCCUCAGUGUUGAAGUCUCGGAGGUGUGUAGGAGCCACUGCCUCCAGGUGUGGAAUGAGGCCCUUAAACAAGCUGGGGUUGAGGCCUCCUCUGCCUUUAGGAGAGCAGAGAGUGCUGGAACUGCCUCUGAAGAGGUAGAUACCGAUAAGGAUAGCUCGACCAAGGCCCUUCUCUCUCCUGACAGUCCUUCGAAAGAGGCUGAGCAGCCUGGAGUUGCUGAAAAGGAAACAAACACAACCAAGGGAGUGGCCCCUGAUGCUACCAAGCCUCCAACUGCCCCCAAGGACUUCCUCAAAGAGAAAGAGGCCUCCCACAAGAUGGAGAUUGUCUUGGAAACUCUUCCUGUGCCUACCAAAGAGAACCUCAAAGGUAAAGGCCCAGAAUCCUCAGCAAUAGAACCUGACCAAACCACCAAGGCCCCAGCAAAAGACAAGCUUGUAAUCGAAAUGAAGUAG